AUGGCUCAUCUGCCACAGGACGAGCUGCCGUCAGAAUUUGACGUCGUGGUAGACGGAACUGGACUAGUACAGAGUAUACUGGCAGCUGCACUUCUACGAGCUAGGCCGGGAAAUCAGUGCUUCACCUUGAUCGUUGAUCUUCUGUCGGGGAGAGAUGGUGGAUCUGAUCACGGAGAGCAGCUGCAGUCGCUACAUAGAGUUCAGGGCAGUCAGCGGGAUAUUCAGCUACAAACACAACUCAAUCUUGUAGCAAUGAAGAGUGAAUCUACUCUCAUGUUCUACGAAGUAUCAGAAAAGUCACCAUACCUCUCACAAGGUCCCAAUGUGUAUCGGGGAGCAGAGCAGCAGAAAGGGAUGGGGAUGGUGCCCAAGAGGGCUGUGAACGUAAUGUCGUGUCAGAUCGCGAGAUUUCUGCAGCUGACACAGAACUCCAUCAUCCCAGUUGGCUACCAUGUACAGAGAAAGGUAGCUAAAGUCAGUUUGGAUCCAACGAGGCAACCGAAAGCCGCAUCACAACCAAAAUCACACUCCAAACAGAACGGAACGAAAUCCCCAGAAAUCAGACCACCCUCUGAGGGGAAAUCCCCUACCCCAGGGGGAAAAUCCCCCACCCCAGACUCUCGCUCCGUUUCAGAAGAAUCUCGGUCGUCUUCCUUCAGCCCGACGCCCAAAGUGCUGAACAUCGUGCGUUCGUCAAAGUUUCGUCACGUCCAGGGAGGGACGCUGCAUCGAAGCACUCACAUUGAGAAACUGCCUAAACUGAGCGUGGCUUCGAUCCUUUCAACAACCACAGAUUAGUUGUAGCCUGUGGCUACCUAGGAAAAGAAAGAAGAGGUUUGGUUGUAUACUUGUCAUACUGUGGUAUUCUAUGGUGCUGAUGUCAGCCAUGAUAGAGAAGAUGGGAGAUCAAGAUGAAGACCCUCUACCUCAAGAGGCCAUGGACGGCUGUGAUAGUGACGAGUGGAGUGACUGAACUCAUAACAUCUUUUUUAGUGUGUACUCAUUUUUUCUCUCUAUGCAUCAGCACUGGGUGUGAACCAAUGA